CUCAGAUGCCGGUGGCAGAAGGGAAGAGCAUCCAGCAGACCGUGGAAAUCCUGACGAGAAAGCUGGAACUACUUGGAGCAGAGAAACAGGGAACUUUUGGUGUAGACUGUGAAACCUACCACACGGCACCCUCCACAAUGGGCAACCAAGGGCAGGCUGCCAAGCUGAUGUACGUGAUGCACAAUUCCGAAUAUCCCCUCAGCUGUUUCGCUCUCUUUGAAAAUGGCCCCUGCCUCAUAGCAGAUGCCAACUUCGACGUCCUUAUGGUGAAACUGAAAGGCUUCUUUCAAAAUGCUAAAGGGAACAAGAUAGAAAGCCGGGGUACCCGGUACCAGUACUGUGAUUUCUUGGUGAAGAUUGGCACUGUUACCAUGGGUCCCAGUGCCCGUGGAAUAUCUGUGGAGGUGGAAUACUGUCCAUGCGUGAUAGCCAAUGACUGCUGGAACCUGUUGAUGGAAUUCAUGCAAAGCUUCAUGGGAAGUCACGCUCCUGGAAUCCCUUCUGUGUUCAGCAACAAGCAUGACAGUAUCUACAGUCCAGCUGACACAAUGGUUCAGUACAUGGAACUCUUCAACAAGAUUCGCAAGCAGCAGCAGGUGUCUGUUGCAGGUAUCAGAUGAGGAAGG